CACGAUACGCGCUACGAGUUACGAGUACCGACUGCUCUACUAGUGUUGCACCCUUGCGCACAUGAUGAGAACAUAAACAAAUGCACAUUCAUGAAAUUCAAUUUAAUAUUCCUUUAUAUUUGUUGAGGAAAUUAAUAACGUAAUUUGUGAACGAUUUUGAUUGUUUUAUUUAGAAAGUUUGUAUUUCGAGUAUUUUUAAGGCUGUUUUGAUAAAUAUUUAAAGACUAUGCAGUGUUAUCCGAAGUUGUCACCUAAGCGUGAGCCUCCGGAAGGAUUAUACGAGAUCGAGAUGUUACCCGGGGCGCGAAGAUUAGAACUGCCGGCUCCUCCGGGAAAGGAGUUCCGCGCGCCCGUGCUAUUGGCAGGGCCCUCUCUUGCUCCGACGCACUCCGUCAUUCAAUGCAUGCGACCACCACCGCCGCCACCGCCACCACCUCCACCACGUCUCCUCAAGCCUCCAUCAUUCGAAGAACCGUCGAGCUCCAUCCCCGAUUUAGAAUUUGACGGUACCACGGUUCUGUGCCGCGUCUGUGGCGACAAGGCCAGUGGGUUCCACUACGGCGUCCACUCCUGCGAGGGCUGCAAGGGCUUCUUCCGGCGAUCUAUACAACAGAAGAUACAAUACCGGCCCUGCACGAAGAACCAGCAGUGUAGUAUCCUCAGGAUUAACAGGAAUCGGUGCCAGUAUUGCCGACUGAAAAAAUGCAUCGCCGUCGGAAUGAGCAGAGAUGCUGUGCGAUUCGGUCGUGUACCCAAACGCGAGAAAGCGCGUAUCCUCGCAGCGAUGCAACAGUCGUCGUCGUCUCGUGCACACGAGCAAGCAGCUGCCGCUGAACUUGAUGACGCUCCUCGGUUGCUGGCGCGAGUGGUGCGCGCUCAUCUCGACACGUGCGAGUUCACGCGUGAUCGCGUCGCUUCCAUGCGAGCCAGAGCUCGCGACUGUCCCACCUACUCGCAGCCUACUCUGGCUUGCCCACUAAACCCGGCGCCAGAGCUGCAAUCUGAAAAGGAAUUUUCGCAACGUUUCGCCCAUGUGAUACGUGGCGUGAUUGACUUUGCCGGCCUCAUCCCUGGCUUCCAGCUGCUGACCCAAGAUGACAAAUUCACGCUGCUCAAAAGUGGUCUGUUCGAUGCAUUGUUCGUGCGACUCAUCUGUAUGUUUGACGCUCCUCUUAAUAGUAUCAUCUGUCUCAAUGGGCAACUGAUGAAGAGAGACUCCAUCCAGAGCGGUGCCAAUGCAAGGUUUCUCGUUGAUUCUACUUUCAAGUUUGCGGAACGUAUGAAUUCCAUGAAUUUGACGGACGCGGAAAUAGGACUUUUCUGUGCUAUAGUCCUCAUCACUCCGGAUCGGCCUGGCCUGCGAAACAUAGAGCUAGUGGAAAGAAUGCACUCGCGACUGAAGGCGUGCUUGCAAACUGUCAUUGCACAGAACAGGCCAGAGAGACCUGGGUUUUUAAGAGAAUUAAUGGAUACAUUACCUGAUUUACGCACUUUAAGCACGCUUCACACAGAAAAACUUGUUGUUUUCCGAACGGAACAUAAGGAGUUAUUGCGUCAACAAAUGUGGAAUGAAGAAGAAGGUGUUUCCUGGGCCGAUUCCGUAGUGGAGGAAUCAGCUCGUAGCCCCAUCGGGUCUGUAUCCAGCAGCGAGUCCGGGGAGGUGCCGAGUGACUGUGGCACUCCUUUACUGGCAGCAACGUUGGCCGGUCGCCGGCGACUUGACUCUCGGGGCUCUGUCGAUGAAGAAGCUCUCGGCGUCGCACAUCUGGCUCACAACGGACUCACCGUGACGCCCGUCCGCCCUCCUCCCCGGUAUCGGAAGUUGGAUUCCCCGACUGAUUCGGGUAUUGAAUCUGGCAACGAGAAACACGAGAGGAUAAUCGGACCCGGGUCGGGUUGUUCUAGUCCGCGGUCGUCCUUAGAAGAGCACACCGAGGACAGACGGCCCACCGCGCCCGCCGAUGACAUGCCCGUGCUCAAACGUGUGCUUCAGGCUCCACCUUUGUACGGCGGAACUUCUACAUUGAUGGAUGAAACCUACAAACCACACAAGAAAUUCCGCGCUAUGAGGCGCGACACCGGAGAAGCAGAGGCUCGUCCAGUGCAGCCGACGCCGUCGCCACAGCCGCUGCACCCGCACCCGGCCAGUCCGGCUCAUCCGGCUCAUUCGCCGCGACCACCGCGCAUUUCUCUGUCAUCCACGCAUUCGGUGCUCGCUAAAAGUUUAAUGGAGGGGCCGAGAAUGACUCCUGAACAAUUAAAACGUACCGAUAUGAUCCAGCAGUACAUGCGGCGAAAUGAAGCUGGUUCUAGUGUGGAAGGAUGUCCGCUGCGAACUGGAGGGCUGCUGACCUGCUACCGCGGUGCGUCUCCGGCUCCGCCGCCAGUGCUGGCGCUGCAGGUGGACGUGACGGACGCGCCGCUGAACCUCUCCAAGAAGUCGCCGUCGCCGCCUCGUUCGUACAUGCCGCAGAUGUUAGAGGCGUGAGGCCGGCCCGCGGAGCCGCGAGUCUCCGCCACCCCACCCCGACCUACUUUAAAUUAAAUAAACUAGAUAAUAGUAAUCGUUCGCAGAUCGUUUUAAUAUAUUAUAUGUGAUAAUUCGUGUAGGACGUGUGCGUGCGUGGCCGGCGCCGAACGAGGAGAGCGCAAUAGACUGAAAAUUAACAUAAUUUAAGACUAUAUAAGUGUAAUUUAUAAUACAAUGCAGCGCCGGUCGUGGUGUGUUUGUGUGUAUUGUAUGUGCGUAUGUGAGCGUGCUCAGUCAUUUGUUUGUUAAUAUAAUGACAGGUUGUCGAAUUAAAUAAAACAAAUUGUAAGAAUUA